AUGCUUCCAUCAGUGCUGACAAUAGCGUCACUGGUCGUGCCGGCGGCCGGGGCUGCGAUCGUGGGCGGCGUGCGCGACGCGCGAAAGACUAAGCGGGCGCUUAAGGAUGUAGAGGAUACGACGGGGCAAGGCGACAUCCUCGAGCCGCACAGGCCGCACCGAAUCCACAUCGUCUUCACGGGCAUCUCCUGCACAAUCACGAGCGCGAAGAGAGGGAAGAAGACGAUCCUGCAGGAGGCGUCCGGAGAGGCGGCACCUGGGCGGUUGCUCGCCAUCAUGGGGCCUUCAGGCAGCGGAAAGACCACCCUGCUGAACGCCCUGGCGGGCCAGGUGCCCUUCACCAAGGGCAUGAAGCUCGUGGGCGAGGUCACCGUCAACGGCACGCCCCUGCAGGACGCGCACCACCGCGUUGGGUACGUGCAACAGGAGGAUAUCUUCUUCUCGCAGCUGACGGUCCGGGAGACGCUGACGAUGGCCGCCAAGCUGCAGUUCCCGUCGAGCGCAAACGAGGGCGACAUCGACAAGUACGUCCAGCACAUCGCCGGCACGCUCGGCCUCAGCAAAUCGAUGGAUACAAUCGUUGGCGACCAGAAGAAACGCGGGCUCUCAGGUGGCGAGAAGAAGCGGCUGAGCAUCGGAUGCGCGCUCGUGGGGUCGCCCUCGGUGCUCUUCCUGGACGAACCGACCACGGGCCUCGAUUCGUUCCAGGCAGAGAAGGUCAUGGGGGUGUUAAAGAGCCUGGCGGACCAGGGGCACACCGUCGUGUGCGUCGUGCACCAGCCGCGGUCCUCCAUCUGGGCCAUGUUCGACGACCUCAUUCUGCUGUCCGAGGGCAAGUGCGCGUACUCGGGCCCGGCAGACCAGGCCCCGCGGUUCUUCGCCGACGUGGGCUAUCCUUGCCCUCCCAACUACAACCCCGCCGAGCACCUCAUUGAUACCGUAUCCAUCGACUACAGCAAGCAGGACUCCGAGGAGGUCACCCGGCGGCGGCUCGAGCAGAUCCUCGCGGACGGAAGAGAAUGGAACCUCCGGCGGACGAUCCCGGCCCCGCGGGGCACGGACGCGUCCGUGUACGCCCCGGCGAUGGAGCGUCCGCGCUCUGGCUUCCUGCGCCAGCUUCGCCUGCUGCUGGUGCGCGCCUGGCGCCAGAGCGCGCGCGACUCCGCCACCAACGCGGCCCGCCUCGGAUCCUCGAUCGCCUCCGCACUCAUCUUCGGCUCCAUCUACCAGGGGCUCGGCCUGAGUCAAGCCAGCAUCCAGAACCGCCAGGGCCUGCUCCAGGUCGCGGCCGUCAACACGGCGAUGAGCAGCCUCGUCAAGACGCUCAACGUCUUCCCGCGCGAGCGCGUCAUCGUGACCCGCGAGCGCAGCAAGCGUGCCUACGCCGUCGCGCCCUACUUCCUCUCGAAGGUCGCCGCGGAGCUGCCCGUCGGCGCGCUCUUCCCGCUCGCCUUCGGGGCCGUCGUGUACCCGCUCUGCGGCCUCAACAGGUCCUGGAAACGCCUCCUCGGCUUCAUGGGGCUCGUCACGGUGGAAUCGUUUGCGUCCGCGUCGCUUGGCCUCGCCGUAGGGUCGGUGGCUCCGAGCGCGGACGCGGCGCUCGCGCUCGGGCCGAUCGUCAUGGUGAUCUUCAUCGUGUUCGGGGGGCUGUACGUCCAGGAGAAGACGGUCCCGCGGCCGCUGCGGUGGAUCCCGAAGGUUUCGUUGAUCAAGAACGGGUUUCAGGGUCUUUGCGUCAACGAAUUCCAGGGUCUGAAGUUCGAGCCGAGCGAGAAGGGCGGCAGCGGCGACGUCGCGACGGGCGAGGAGGCGCUCGACCGCCUCGGGUUCGGGGGCAAGUCGGCCGUGGGUUCAGCAUUGGCCAACGGCAGGGUCAUUCUCUUCAACUACGUGGUGACGUUCCUGGUGCUGCGGUCGCGGUCGCCGAAGUUCCAGCCGAUGGAGGACCUCGACGGCGAGCCGUGA